UGAUUCAGCCGCACCAUGUUCUUGAUUUGUUUUAAAUUAUUUUCAUUAACCCAUGCACUUUUUAAUUUCAGUUUCUCUUCUUUAUCACUGUUUUUAUUUUGCUCAUGUCACGUUCUUCUCCCUGUCUCACUCCUCUCCGCGCUGGUCCAGGCAGGGCACAGGUUGGUCCUUGUACUCGGAGACCUCCACAUCCCUCACAGAUGCAACUCGCUCCCAGCAAAGUUCAAAAAGCUCUUGGUCCCGGGGAAGAUCCAACACAUCCUCUGCACCGGGAAUCUAUGCACCAAAGAGAGCUACGAUUACCUCAAGACACUGGCCGGAGACGUGCACAUCGUCAGGGGAGACUUCGACGAGAAUCUGAACUACCCAGAGCAGAAAGUCGUAACUGUGGGCCAGUUUAAAAUCGGACUGAUUCAUGGACAUCAGGUGAUCCCAUGGGGGGACAUGGCAUCUCUGGCUCUGCUCCAGAGACAGUUGGACGUGGACAUUCUCAUCUCUGGACACACACACAAGUUUGAGGCCUUUGAAAAUGAAAACAAGUUCUACAUAAACCCAGGGUCUGCCACAGGGGCCUACAGCGCUCUCGAGAGUAAUAUCAUCCCUUCGUUCGUGUUGAUGGACAUUCAGGCCUCCACGGUGGUCACGUACGUGUAUCAGCUGAUUGGAGACGACGUCAAAGUGGAACGCAUCGAGUACAAAAAGUCAUAAAACAAAUUCAACAAAAAUGAAAAAGAGGAGGCGGAGGUGUCGUUUCAUUCCUGUAACAGCAGAGGGCAGCACGGCCUCAGAAUCAACUGUACACAGCUGCUUUUACAUGGACAGUUAAUAGUAGAGUUAGAAACAUACUUAAAUGUACAGUUUCAUUUUGGGAUUUUAACCAGAAUCCCCAUCACAGGUCUAAAAUUGGACUAAAACAGAUCUAGAAAGGAUCUAGAACUGGUCUAAACCAGGGCUUAUCAAAUCAGGUCUAACACAGGAUGAACCCAGGACUAAGCCGGGGCAAAUACUGGACUAAACUAGGACUAAACUAGGAUUUAACCAACACUAAACAAGGUCUAAACCAGGUCUAAACGAGGACUAAACUAGAACUAAACCAAGAUUGAACACGGUCUAAAACUGAGCUAUAAACCAGGACUAAAAACCAGGACUAUCCAGGACUAACUAGUACAAAAGCUAGAUGGAACCAGGACUGAACAAGCACUAAGCCAAUUCUAAAUCAGAAGUAAACCAUGACUGAACUAGGACUAAACCAGGAUUUAACAAACUAGGUCUACAAACAGUAUUGAGCAAUAUUAAACUUGUGGUAUGUGGAUUAAUUGCCCAUAAAUUAUUAGCUUUGUUGUGCCUUUAAACUGUUAAUAUUAGAAUAAGCCUGAUGAAUUCCACUGGUACAAAUAAUGGUCAAAACAUUUACCGUAGUUAGAAUUUUGAGACAUAUUUAUGAAUCAGAAAAUCUAGCAGGUCACCAAUUAUUCAGUCCAAAACUAGUUGAUAGAAAUGUGUGACAAAUGUUGGACUAAUUAAACACAGUGAAUAAUUUCAAUAGUGAAUAAUGAAUAGUUUCCUGUAUAAAUAAAAAUAUAAAUAGUACAUUUUAUUAAAUUCUCAAAAGCAGAGACUAGUCCAUGUAAAAGCAGCUCAGAUAACCAGUUUCACAUAUAAAUCUUGUAUUAUAUAUAUUGUCCAUGUCCCUCUCACUGCAGACUGCAUUCACUUCAAUGUAUUUGACUUAUUUGGUGCCAUUUCCCUGUUUGUCCACUGUCUCUUGUCUUAUAAUAAAAGCCCUAGAUUAUAUUGUAUCUUUUCACAAUAAAUUACUAAUGUCACUCC